AUGUCCUCCGCAAAGAUCGUAGUUAUUGGCGCCGGAGUAGCCGGUCUAACCACCGCCCUUCUCCUCGCCAAAUCCAGACAUUCCGUGACCGUAAUCGCCAAACACAUGCCAGGCGAUUACGACAUCGAAUACACCUCCCCAUGGGCAGGCGCAAACUACUUCCCUUUCUCCAUAGCCGAAGACUCCAGUCGUAAAUGGGAACGUGCCACCUAUCCCGAACUAAUGCGUCUAGCGACACAAGUUCCCGAAAGCGGUAUUCACGUCCAAGAUGCCAAUAUCUUUAUAGUCGAUGGUAUCCCCAUCACACCGUUUAUGAAGGAUCUUGUGGAUGAUAAACCUUGGUUUAAGGGUGUGGUUCAGGGGUUUAGGAAGUUUGAUAAGGAAGAGCUGCCGAAGGGGAUGAAGUCUGGAACUACGUUUAAGAGUGUUUGCAUUAAUACGGCGAUUUAUUUGCCGUAUUUGGUGGGACAGUGUUUGAAGUAUGGAGUGGUGUUUAAGAGAGGGAUAGUAAAGCAUAUCGCCGAUGCAGCAGAUCUACAUUUCAGCGGGAAGAAGGCCGAUGUAGUUGUCAACUGCUCAGGGUUAUUGGCGUGUAAACUUGGCGGGGUUGAAGAUAAGAAGGUUAUUCCGGCACGUGGACAGAUCGUAUUGGUCAGAAAUGAGGCACCGGGAAUGUACACAACCUCGGCAGUUCACGACGGAGAUGAUGAGAUGCUGUACAUAAUGAUGCGAGCAGCCGGCGGCGGCACUAUCCUCGGCGGAUGCUAUCAGAAGGGCAACUGGUCACCAGAAAUCGAUCCAAACCUUGCAAACAGGAUCAUGAAACGCUGUGUCGACGUUUGUCCUGAACUUACCGGCGGUAAGGGCGUUGAAGGGCUUGAUAUCAUCCGACAUGGUGUCGGAUUAAGACCAUGGAGAGAAGGAGGUGCCAGAAUCGAGAAGGAAGUCAUAAACGGUGUGAGAGUUGUGCAUAAUUACGGUGCCGCUGGAUGGGGUUACCAAGCUUCGUAUGGCAUGUCGGAGGAUACAGUCGCGCUUGUGAAGGAAUCGCUAAAUUUAUCGGCAAAACUGUAG